AUGGGCAAAAAGGACAAGUCUGUGGACCAGAUUCCACCUACUAACGAAACUGAGAAGUUGAAUGCUAAGAAAUGGCCACUCUUGUUAAAGGUAAGUCGAUUUUGGGUAUAUUUUUAUUGCUUUUAGAACAUUGACAAAUUGAACAUCCGCACUGGACAUUAUACACCCUUGGAUGAAGGAUGCAGUCCCUUGAAGAGACCUAUCGCUGAUUAUGUUGCCAGUGGAUAUAUUAACCUUGACAAACCGUCUAACCCUUCCAGUCACGAAGUUGUGGCUUGGGUUAAGAGAAUUCUGCGUGUGAACAAGACUGGACACAGUGGAACUCUCGAUCCUGCUGUCUCAGGUUGUCUGGUUGUGUGUAUUGACAGAGCUACAAGAUUGGCGAAGUCUCAACAAGGAGCUGGUAAGGAAUACGUUGCUGUCUUCAAGCUUCACACACCUGUGGAGAGCGAGGCUCAGAUCAAGCAGACUCUUCAAAAGGUAAGGAUUCUUUUUUAUGCUUUUUUUGUAUCUUUUCUGAUUGUUUUGAAUAUUUCUUCAGCAAUACACUUUACAAGAAACUAAGUUAUGUUGUUUUAGUUAACUGGAGCUCAAUUCCAACGUCCCCCAUUGAUUUCGGCUGUCAAACGUCAGUUGCGUGUUCGUACAGUCUACGAAACUAAGCUGUUCGAGUAUGAUAAAGACAAUGGCAUGGGAGUCUACUGGAUGUCUUGUGAAGCCGGUACCUACGUUCGUACUCAUUGUGUACAUCUUGGCUUGUUGUUGGGAGUGGGUGGACAGAUGCAAGAGCUUCGUCGUGUUCGUUCUGGUGUAUCUGAUGAAAACGAGAACAUGGUUACGUUGCACGAUCUCCUGGAUGCUCAAUAUGCCUAUGAUCACUACAAGGACGAGAGCUACUUGAGAUGCGUUGUCAGACCAUUGGAGGCUUUACUCACUAGACACAAGAGAAUCGUCAUGAAGGAUAGUUCGGUAUGUCAUUUACGUAGUUUAGUGUUGUUUAAUUACUUGCUUAAUGGUCACUUUUAUCUUAUCAAAUUGGUUUUUGAGGAAGUUACGAGAUCAAUAAUAAUAUAGCCAAAACUUCACUAUAUAUAACUUCUUUGACAUUUUAUUGUAAAUUGCAAGUUUAGAAUCUAUAAUUUUAGGUAAAUGCUGUCUGUUACGGAGCCAAGAUCCUGCUUCCGGGUGUUCUUCGUUACGAAGAUGGAAUCGAACUCGGCCAAGAGGUUGUAAUUAUGACCACGAAGGGAGAAGCCAUUGCCAUUGGUAAGGCCACGUUUAAAUGUUGUUAUUCAAUGCGUCACGUUUUAAAACAUAAUAACUUAUUUUAAAACGCAACAAUCUAAUCUUUAAAUGAAAUAAUUGUUAUUUUAGCUUUGGCCGCGAUGACUACUUCGACUAUGGCUUCCACCGACCACGGCGUCGUGGCCAAGAUUAAGCGAGUCAUCAUGGAGAGAGACACCUACUCCAGAAAGUGGGGUUUGGGCCCAAUCGCCACCAAGAAGAAGGCUCUGAUUCAACAAGGCUUGUUGGACAAGUUCGGCAAACCCAAUGAGAAGACCCCAAAUGACUGGAAGACUGCCUACGUUGACCUUAAGGCUUCAGCUGACAAUGGUUCGGGAGAUGUGGAGAUGACAGAGGCUCCACCGGUCAAGGAGAAGAAGUCGAAGAAGAAGGCCAAGGAAUCGUCAUCGGAUAGUUCCGACGAGGAAUAA